AUGCCACAGCAAGAGGAAAAGGAUAAGAAAAUUUAUGGGCUAGAGGAAAACGAAGUGAAAUUUGAGGGAGAAUCGGAAAAAUCUAUUGAUUUGUCAGCCAAUAAAGUUACAAUUAGUGAAGCAAAAUCAGUUGUCGUUAUGCCCAGAAACAAAUCUCAAUCCAUCUGCCGUAGAAUUACACCUUCAAAUAAAGCAGACGAUAUAACAGAAAAGCUGCUUCUAAAUGGGGAUCUGUAUAUUGGAAAAUUUGCAAAUAAUACACCUCAUGGAUUGGGUAAAUACCUAUGGAAAGAUGGGUGUAUGUAUGAGGGUGAAUGGAAGAAAGGGAAGGCCUGUGGCAAAGGGAAGUUUUCAUGGCCGUCAGGCGCAACAUUUGAAGGUGAAUUCAAGUCGGGUCGAAUGGAGGGUAUUGGUACUUACAUAGGUUCUGAUGGGGAUAUGUAUAAGGGCUCAUGGGUCGGUGAUCGUAAGCACGGGUAUGGAGUGAAGCGUUAUGGAAAUGGGGAUUACUACGAGGGCGAAUGGAAGAAGAAUUUGCAAGAUGGACAGAGGAGGUAUACAUGGAGGAAUGGGAAUGAGUAUAUUGGUGAGUGGAAGAAUGGGAUGAUUCAUGGAAGAGGUGUUUUAGUUUGGAACAAUGGGAAUAGAUAUGAUGGGAAUUGGGAGAAUGGGAUUCCAAAGGGAGAUGGGGUUUUUACAUGGCCUGAUGGGAGUUGCUAUAUCGGCUGCUGGCCGAAAGACUCGUGUAGAAACAUCGAUAGUGAUCAAAUCUUGAAUGGUACUUUUUAUCCUGCGCAUAAAUGUAAUAAUGUUAAUGGAAAUGAUGAGAAUGAGGAGGAAUUUAAGAAGUAUUUUGAUUAUAAGUUAUUGGUGGCAAAGGAGAAGAGUAUGGAUGUAAUGAUAGGUGGUGGUAGGAAGAAGAGGUGGUCAGUGGACGAGGGGUUGAUGGAGAGGACCUUCCCAAGAAUAUGCAUUUGGGAGUCGGAAGGUGUGGCUGGGGAUAUAACUUGUGAUAUUAUUGAUAAUGUGGAGGCAUCAUUGUUAUAUAGAGAUCAUGAGGGGGUGAGGCAAUUACGGAGGAAUUCUUGUAGUUUUAGUGGGGAGGUGAAGAAACCAGGACAGACUAUAUCAAAAGAGCAUAAGAAUUAUGCUUUGAUGCUGAAUCUCCAAUUGGGUAUUAGGUAUUCUGUGGGGAAGCAUGCUUCCAUAUCCCGGGAUCUUAAGCUCAGCGAUUUCGAUCCUAAAGAGAAGUUCUGGACUAGGUUUCCUCCUCAAGGUUCGAAAAUUACACCAUCCCAUCAAUCCUUGGAGUUCCGGUGGAAGGAUUACUGUCCUGUGGUGUUUAGACAUUUAAGGGAGUUAUUUCAAGUAGAUCCCGCUGAUUAUAUGCUAGCCGUUUGUGGAAGCGAUGCUUUGAGGGAGCUUUCAUCCCCAGGGAAAAGUGGAAGUUCAUUUUACUUGACUCAGGACGACAGGUUUAUGAUCAAAACAGUGAAGAAAUCUGAAGUCAAGGUUCUUCUUAAGAUGCUUCCGAGUUAUCAUGAGCACUUCUGUCGUUAUAAAAAUUCUCUUGUCACAAAGUUCUACGGUGUCCAUUGCGUCAAACCAGUGGGCGGUGUCAAGACACGGUUCAUUGUGAUGGGAAAUUUGUUCUGCUCAGAGUAUCGAAUCCAUAGAAGCUAUUGGUACCAAGAAUUAAUCAAACAAAUUGAUCUAGACUGUGAAUUCUUAGAGGCAGAGAGAAUCAUGGAUUAUAGUCUCUUAGUUGGUCUUCAUUUCCGAAAUGAUAAUAUCCUGGAUAAAUUUGGCAGGAAACCAUUGAUCAGGCUAGGGGCCAACAUGCCUGCAAGAGCAGAGCGAAUUGCUCAAAGGAGUAAUUUUGUUCAGUACACACCUGGUCGAUUUAGCAAUUCGUCUCCUUCCUGUUGUGGUGAAGUAUACGAAGUAGUCCUCUACUUUGGGAUCAUCGACAUUUUACAAGACUACGAUAUCAGCAAGAAACUAGAACAUGCAUACAAAUCUUUACAGGUCGACCCUACCUCAAUCUCAGCUGUUGAUCCAAGACUAUAUUCCAAAAGAUUUCGAGACUUCACAAGGAAAAUCUUCAUAGAGGAUAGAUGA